AUGGAAUUGGAUAGCGACGACAGGGAGCUGAAAGCCGCCGGAGCAGAGCUACUCGACGGCGGCCGCUUUGGACUUAGCAUUCGCGGUUGGGAAAUAGAAUCUCGGAAGCUUCCAAUUCUCAACUCUUCACUUCUCCAACAGUGGGAACAGAAGCUUCAGACAUCCCACUUUCCAGAGAUGAUUUUUGGGGAAAGUUCUUUGGUUCUUAAGCACGUGAAUAGUGGCAUUAAAAUUCAUUUUAAUGCAUUUGAUGCUCUCCUUGGUUGGAAGCAGGAGUCAUUACCACCAGUGGAAGUUCCUGCAGCUGCACAAUGGAAAUUUAGAAGCAAACCUGACCGUCAGGUGAUACUAGACUAUGACUAUACCUUUACAACUCCAUACUGUGGAAGUGAAAGUAUUGAGACGAUUGAUAAGCCUGGAAGAGGAGCUUGUUGGGAAGUCUGCAAAGAGAAAAUUGACAUGGUGGCCUUGGCAUCAAAAGAGCCUAUUCUUUUCUAUGAUGAGGUCAUCUUGUAUGAAGAUGAAUUAGCUGACAACGGUGUCUCACUCAGUUAA